AAUUUGGCUUUUAACACUUCCCCGAACAGCGAAUUCAAUUUUUUUGACAUUAGAGUUGAAAUUGGGAAAUUAUCUUUUCAUAUGACUAAAAACAGAGAUGCACCUUCUUUGAAUUCGCUCUGACGUUCAGGAAUUCGCUCUGACGUUUAGGAAUUCGCCUGGGCCUAAAAAUUUGUUGUGCUUUCUGAUGUUGUGUUGUUAAGAUUAUAUCCGUGAGCGUCAAUUUUUGUUGAAUUGAUCGGAUUUACAUUUAUAAAGCGUAUCAGUUCUUAUUUUAAUUUUUUUGCAUAAUAAAUUGUAUUGGCAAUGGAUAUGGAAAAAUUUAUUGACUGUGUCAAGGCCUACCCAUGUUUAUAUGAUAAAGGAAAUAGACAUUAUAAGAGUCUCGAAAAGAGAAAAAAUGCUUGGAGAGAACUCGCUGAAGCUUCGGGAACUGAUGAAUUUGAAGUUGAAAGACAUUGGAAAAAUUUGCGGGACCGUUUCAGUAGGGAGAUUAGAAAAAAAACAUCAUCGUGGAGGCUAUUAAAGAAUAUGGAGUUCCUGAGAAUUCACGUUAUUCCUCGCCCAAUAGGUGUAGGAGAUCCAAGAUUAGAUAAUGAUUUUUCAAUUUCUUCUACGCAGUCAAAUCCAAAUCCAUAUGAUUCUAUCGAUAGAGCGGCUCUAAUACGCCUUGUAAAAGAACACGAAUGUCUUUAUAACAGAUAUUACGUUGGUUACAAAAGUUCGGACAGGAAAAAGAAAGCUUGGAGGCAAAUAGCCAGUGCGAUGGGAAUUGAUAAGGAACAAUGCAUGCAGCAAUGGGUAGCCCUGAGGGAUAGAUACGGCCGAGAAAUGCGCCGAAUAACUGCGCUUAAUAAUAAUGGAAUGUCCCCAGAACAUGUUUGGCCGUUUUACGACUCUUUGCAGUUUCUAAGGCCCCACAUUUUACCAAGAUGUCGUAAUAAUUCAGCUCCGUUCCAAUCAACAAAAAAUCCAACGGAAAAUGUAGAGUUUGUUGUUGAGCAGGAAAAUACCACAGAUAGUUAUGAGUAUGAUACAGAUCCUUUCCAGAGUAAAGCUUUGUGCGAACAGGAAAUCGAUCAAGAAGAUAUUGACGACAUCUCAAAUCAACAACAAAUUGCGAGCACCAGCAAACGAAAAUACGAAUCUGAUGUCGAACAGGAAUUAUGUUCUGCGUUAGAUUUGUUUAAACAAGUUUGCGGCAGAAUAAAAGUACGAAAUCAAAACCCUAUAGUGCAAGGUUUUGGUCAAAUGAUUGUAGAAACCAUUUGUAGCAUGAGUGAACGAAAACAAGCUUUAGCUAUGCAGAAGGUAACUGAAUUAGUAAUGAACAUAAAAAUGCAACCGGAGAUACAGUAAAAUAAAAAUAUGCAUAAUAUUUAUAUCUAUA